GGAAUUAUGUAUGAUGACUCAUUAGAGCUAUGUAUUAUUCAAGGUGAGGAAGAUUAUGGAUAUGACCCCAUUGGACUUGAGCAAGUAGCCCAUCUAGAGGCUACCGAGUUCAUGGUUCGAAAUAAGGCAUUUGAGGAGAUUGACAGAGGUAAAGAAAUAAGACUAAAACCCUCCCUUGAGGAUCCACCGAACUUGGAAUUGAAAACUUUACCAAAACACUUAGAAUAUGCAUUUCUUGGAAAAGAUUCAAA